GUACACACUUCCUGUUGUAGCAUAUCAGCAGCCGAACGAUAUCUCUUGCUAUGGAGACCGGUACAUGUCAUGAAAAUGAUGCUCAAAAAACAGGUGAAACUAUCAAGAUUCCUGAACGCCUAUUGAAGAGAGAUCAGGCAAGGUUGGAGGAGGCAGAACGACGUAAAGACGUCAAGGAAAGCCAGGCAGUGACUGAGGAAAAGAGUGAUUUUUUCUCCACCACGUUUCAGUCUGAGAAGGCAUCCAUCGAAGAGUUGCUAUCCAACUGCACCGAGACAAACCGAGAAAAUGCUACGCAGGUUUUGGAAGAGGCAACGGUCAAAAUGCAACAACUGCAAAAAUUCCUGAACGACAGCCUGAUGUUUCUAACACCUUACGAACUCAGACAGGCCCAAGCAACCUUACAAGCACUCCAGAGCUCCAUAACAGACAAAAGAGAGGACGUUUUGCCAAAAAAGAAGUUUGCCUUUAAAUCUCGUAACGUAAAGAGUAAAACUCCAUCAUCCUCUAUUGCGGAGUUACCCAAGUCAACCAGCAAAAUCGAUACAGUCGAAAAAGUCACUGUGAAUCAAGCACAGUGCGGUUUCUCCCACCUCGAUUCUCAAGUUGUGAUAAAGAGCGCGGACGAAAUCCAGCAGCGGGACGUGCUGCUAUCCCACCUGACGAACUGCAAGGUGAGACUGCUCGGCUCACCGAGCACUCUGCAUAUUAAACAUGUUCGUGACUGUGAGAUCUUGUGCGGGCCGGUGUCGAGCUCGGUGUUCGUGGAUCAGUGCACGGGCAGCACCCUCGUCUUCCCUUGCCAGCAGCUGAGAACCCACAACACUAAGGACACUCGGAUCUACCUUCACGUCACGAGUCGUGCCAUCAUUGAGGACUGUCAAGGAGUCAGUUUCGCUCCCUUCAAUUGGACAUACUCUAACUUGGAUGCUGAUUUUGCCCUGUCUGGACUGGACCCGAAUAGAAAUAACUGGGAUCAGGUCGAUGAUUUCAACUGGCUCGCAGCUGGUACCCAAUCCCCAAAUUGGACUGUCAUUCCUGAAUGUGAUCGGAAAACCAGCUGGGAUGAGUUAAUUCCUUCUGCUGAGUAAAUGUUUGUCAGUAGCCUAUUUGCUUGUAAACAAAGAUGAAUAUAGGAGCAUUCAUGCACUUGCACGCCCUGUGUCCUCAACAAUACAGCCUUAUAGUGAAAUAAAAAAGAAAAAAAACAUGCACUUUAAUUGUCAUAGUAUUCAAAUGCUAAUUUCUGCUCCAGGCAGAAUGUGCGUCCAAAUAAUCAAAACAUGAUCAAAAUAAACCCAUCUGUUAAGCUA